AUGUCCCGCAGACUCGUCAACCGCUCCGGCACCGCUGCCACAUCGUCGUCAACCUCGUCCACGGCCUUGCCCGAGUACCAGCCGCCCUCGUGUCCCCUUAACGAUGCCGCUCGCCGCGCCCUCGGCAACCUCUCCAACAACCGGGGCACCGUGGAGUACCAGAUGCACCUCAAGGACUCGGUGCGCCUCAUCGGUACCAGCGUCGGCGACUUACAUGAGCGCUUGAGGGAGCAACGUGACAAGCUCGAGGCCUAUCGCGCUAGGAGGGAAGAGAAGGGCACGGAAAAGUCCUCUGAGGAGGAGCGACUAGAGGAGCACUUCGUCGAUCUGGAGGCGCAGGUCAAUUCCCUAACUGACCAGUCGGAGAAGGCUAUUCGCGACCUGAUAGAUCGUCAGGCCGAGCUCGAAGAUGAAUCGGCAAUCCUUGGCGACCUGUACACUAUCGCUGCCCCCGAUGCCUCGCAUGCGGACUUACACCCGCCCCAACGCCAAAUCGACGGUGACAUUAGUUCCUCACAGGACGAAGAGCAGAAAAUCUCCGUCCCGGCUCCCCCCAGCGUCAUUGACAUAUUCAAGACUGAGCAAUCCCGGAAGGUUGCUGACUACUCUGCCCUGUCCAUGCACCAACGAUACGCCCUUAACAACGACUACGCCGCCUUCAAAAAGCUGUGGCACGAUGCCAUGGCUGGCGAGGAUGGUCCCCCGCUCCCCGACGCUUCUCGCUGGUUUCGCCCCGAUGGCCAGCCUGUUAUGCAAGGGUUGGCAGAUGAUGGCGCUGCCGAUGACGACGACGACAUCGCCGUCGCUCGAGAGGUCCUCAGCAUGAACUGCCCCCUCACAUUGCAGCCCAUGGACCAGCCAUACAGUAACCGCAAGUGCAAACAUACCUUUGAGAAAGCCGCCAUCCUCGACUACCUGUCCAUGCGUGGUGAGAAGCAGUGCCCGCAGACAGGAUGUUCACAGAUGUUCUCCCGCCCUAAAUUUGACGAGGACUUUUACCUCGACCAGGCCAUGGUUCGCCGUAUCCACCGCGCCCGUCAGGCCCAGGAACAAAACGAGAUGGACGAAGACGACGAUGAGGAGGAAGGCGAUGGCGACGACGAUGUCAGGGUUAGAGGCCACAAAGCCGUGCCGGGACGCCCUAAGAGGGAGAAGAUCGAGCGGUGA